GUAUAAAAAAAGAUUUGUUUACAUUUUGGCCAUAAUAAUUUUAUUAUAACCUCACAAUCCUCAGAUUAUUUCCACCACCUCUAAACAGAAAAAGCUAAUAAUGACCACAUUACGCCCUUUUACCUGUAAUGAUAUGUACAAAUUUAAUAACGUUAAUCUGGAUCCUCUGACCGAGACCUACGGUUUAUCCUUUUACAUGCAAUAUUUGGCCCAUUGGCCAGAGUAUUUUCAAGUUGCGGAAUCUCCAAGUGGAGAGAUAAUGGGCUACAUUAUGGGUAAAGCUGAAGGGCACGGUGAGAAUUGGCAUGGCCACGUAACUGCCUUAACUGUAUCACCGGAAUAUCGACGGUUGGGUGUAGCCGCUACGUUGAUGAACUUUCUCGAAGAUGUAUCUGAAAAGAAAAGAGCGUACUUUGUUGAUUUGUUUGUGAGAGUGAGCAACAAAGUUGCUAUUAAUAUGUACACCAAUUUGGGAUAUAUUGUAUACCGUACGGUUUUAGAAUAUUACUCGGGUGAUCCAGAUGAGGAUGCUUAUGAUAUGCGAAAAGCUUGCUCAAGGGAUGUUAAGCAAAAAUCGGUCAUUCCUUUAAAAAAUCCAGUUAGACCAGAGGAUGUUGAGUAGACAAAAUCAUAUCUAGAUAGAAUUUUAAUCUAGUGACAAGUAAUGAUUGUGUCUUUGUAACUAACAAUGUAAUUUAAGAAUCAACAUCUUGAAAAACAAAAUAUGGCGUUAUUUUUCUUUGUUGUGUAAUAGAGGAAUGACAUUAAAAUAAUAGAGCUGGGA